GGUUUUGAUAAAUUUCUUUUACAAACGAAAAUAAAGAAAAAUUUUGAGAAUCUGGUUAAAGAGGCGACUGUUCAUCAAUUUCUGCGAUUAUUUUUGUUUUAUACAUUAUCUUUCGUGAAUGCAGCUCAAAGUGAUAAGAUCCCUGUUAUGGCAUUAAAAGUGAUUUCGCUAUUUUUCGCAUGUUAUCUGCAAUUGUUGCUGCAUCAGCAAUAUCCAAAUUUGGUUGCUGGCGAAAGUGUUGCAAGUAUAACGUCAUCAUUGCCAAAUAAUGGCUCUAAUAUUCCCAUAAUAAAGUAUCAAAUUACAAAUACGCCUAAUGUCGGCAAGAGGUUACUUCAGGAUGUGAUAAAUGGAACUACAGGCAAAGAAACUGGUGAUAAAGUGCAGAGUCGCAAAAUAACAAACACGGAAAAUGUACCAAAACCGACAGAAAUGCAAGACUCCUUAAAGGGAGAUAUUGUUGCACCGGCAUUAUCAAUAAAUUCCAAUAGAACCGGUCCAAAUUUAGUUGAGAUCGCACCAAGUAUAGUUGUAGAUAUGAAUACCCUUCAAUCUAAUAGAUCAAAUUCAAUUAAGUAUAAUGCCACUAAAAGUGACAACAUUACUACAGGUAAUCAAAACCAUACCAAUGAAGGCAUUUACAUAAAUUCCACAAAAUCUUUGAAUCCAACAAGCGUAGUAAACAAAACUAUAACAACUACACUUGCACCCGCAGCUGCCAAAAAUGAUGUUGUUGCGCAAACUGGUAAUGAUACCCUCGAAGUAAGAUCUACAAAAAGCACAAUCACAAACACUACAACUACGACCAAAAUAAUGCCAACAACGACCAAAACAAAACCAACAACAACAACCACUACCACGCCGAAACCCAAAAAACCAAGCAUAACAUUUGGAUUAGGCGAUUUUCCACAUUUGCCAGGAGAACCAUUCGUUAACAAUAAAAAGCCAGAAUCAUCUAGCUCUAAAUUGCCAGAAUUAAGCGAGCCUGUCGUACUACCAGAUGCGCAGCCAUCAAAAGAAUUAAACAACGGAUUCAAUUAUCAAAGCAGCCGCGAUAUUAUUGUACCUAUUAUGACAGUCCUCUUCACAAUACCUUUGGCAAUAGGAGUGGUAAUUACCACUUAUCGUCGCUUCCGCGAUUGUUGGUCAACGCGACAUUAUCGCCGAAUGGAUUUCUUGGUCGAUGGCAUGUACAACGAUUGACAACUGAUUACCGAAGAAUGUACCAAUGAUGCGGUGCAGAAGUAUGAUGCGGGGGCAGAAGUUGAAAACGCUGUAGACGUUGCUCAGCAAUUAAUGCAGUAGCGCACAAUUAUAACAAUUUAAAGAAGUUGUAGUAUUUUUAAGAGUGAGAUUCACUAUAAGUUUAUACGAAUUUUCAAUGUACUUUAAACAUAUUGAUACGUGUACUAUAUAUUUCAGAAAAAAUUUUAAAUUGCUUUAAGUCUUACACUUAAUGAAUGCAUUUAAUUUAAAUGUGAAAAAGAAAAAUGUCACACUUAAGAGCAUGUUAUAUCUAGAUUUCAAAAUUUGUAUAUGGCCAAAUUUUGUUCGUAAGAUCUUUUCUAUAGAAUUAUGGUACAUACUCGUAAUUGCGGAUAUUGAAUUUUAUUACGAAAAUCAAUGAUAUACAUAGUAAUACAAAUCAUAAGUUCUUAGGAUAUUUUGCAAAGCAAACUCUCAUGUAAUCAUUUUAUUUAUGUAUGUACGUGUAGUACUCAAACCUUGCAAUUAUUAUAAAAAAAAAACAUUUUUUUUUUAAGCUUGAAAACUUAAAGGGCAUUUCCAUGUAAUUCAAUUGAAAGAAGCAUUUAUGCAAAUUAUGAACAACCGUUAUCGAUUCGCCACUUCUCUGUCCGCUAUGUUUGAGUUCCGGUCGCUAAGCGAAAAAUUUUGCAUCUGAAAGCAACAACAAAGUUAGCUAGCGAGUUUGGUUGUACCGCAUUGAGUUCGUUCGUUUCGCUACUAGCUAACUCUUGCCGAAUCGAUGACGGCUAAUAUAUACUUUGAACGUUAGAUAAGCUAGAUAUAUACCUAUUUUUCCAAAUGAUCCACAUUAUUUGAAAAUUUAGACUUUAAAUUAGGCUUCCAUAUACUCCCAAUUUCAUUGUUUUUCGGAAUCAAAAUAAUAUUGUAAUCAUUUCUAUUUAUGCGACAAUAAUUUUAGAAACUAAAUUUUGAUACAUACAUACCUAUAUAUGUAUGUAUUUAUUCAAGUAAUAUUAAAGCAAUGGCAUACAUAUACUUCUGUGUAUGUACAUAUGACCAUUACAAAUUAAAUGUAACAAAAAAUGCGUUUUUAGGCACAAAAGUGUUCGAUUAUAAUAUUUUUUUAGAUUUUGUUUAACCAAUUUAUCGAUGUUUUUUAUCCAUAUACAUAAUUUUGAAAUAACAUUAAAACUCAAUGGAUUACACUCUGAGUUAAGCAUGAAUUUAACUUACAGUAAAAAAAAAAUAAAAUAAUAAUAAAAAUCGAACACCAUCACGCAAAAGUUUGUUACGUUUAAUUUGCAAUGGCUACAUCUGAAUGUUCGUACGUUAUUAGAGAAAUUGUAGAUUUGACAGUGCCUUAUAAUAUGUAGUAAUUGGCGAUUUUUCAUUUAGGAAAGAAAAACAUAAGUCCAAAGGUGAAUUUGCCUUGAUAAGUCCAUUAAAAAUAUAAAAGCAAACAUAUAUGUAUAUGUAUAUAACUGUGGUCAUAUGGAAUAGUAGCUGAAUUCGGGAGGCUGGCUUUAGUAUAAUGUGCCUUUGAAGAGCUCUUGGCAAAUAAACAUGAUAGGAAUAGUUCUGUUGUUAGCAAAUUAAUAUUCUCGUUGUCAUCAAUCACAUUGUACUAAAGCCAGCCUCCCGACUUAAGCUACUACUAUGACCAAAGAUAUGUAUGUAUUUCAGUUACUCAUGAAAUCAAAGAAUAUAUGAGGUGUAUGUACAUACACGUGCAUGUACAUAAUAUGGCUCAUGUAUAAAUAAAUAAAAACGUAAAAAUAUGUGUAUUAAAAAUUAUUAAGACUUACAUACGUAGUAUAUUCAUGUACUUUAAAAAUACCGGCUGAAUAAAACAAAAAUAAAAAUUAAAUCCCUAUUUUAAAUAUUUUAAA